AUGAUUGAAUCCACAUUCCCUCCUCCAGCUACAACUAGUAUCGACUGGAAUAACAUUGGCGUUGCAUUUCUUGGUGUCAACGGCCAUGUUGAGAGUGAUUACGAUGCAGUAAAAAAUAGCUGGUCUGAUCCCUGUUUCGUUGCAGAUCCUUAUCUUCGAAUCCACGGACUAGCACCUGGUCUGAAUUAUGGACAGCAGGUAUUUGAAGGGCUUAAAGCAUACAGAGACCCACACGGUCAAAUCCAAGUAUUCCGUCCCAAGGAUCAUGCUGCACGUUUACAGAGGUCGUGCAACGCCGUCGCUAUACCAGAGAUCCCCCAGGAAACUUUCUGGAAAAGUGUCAACUUGGCUCUCGGACGAAAUGCCGAGUUUGUACCACCACACGAUAGUGAUGCAGCAAUGUACGUACGACCGCUUGCGUUUGGAUCAGACGCUUUUAUCGCAGUCUCUGCGGGACCUAGCUAUAAGUUCUGCGUGUACACCCAGCCCAUCAGUGCCUAUCACGGACUUAGCCCCAUCAAGGCACUAGUCCUUGAAGACCUUGACCGAGCAGCCCCCCUAGGCGUUGGAAAUGUCAAGGUCGGUGGUAACUACGCUCCUGUCCUAAGAUGGAGUGACAAGGCACGUCGCGAUGGCUUCGGCAUUACCCUACACUUGGAUAGCCGCACCCACUCGGAAAUUGACGAGUUCAGCACCUCGGGCUUUAUUGGUGUGAAGAAACUAGGAGAUCAGACAAUCUUAGUUAUUCCAAGCAGCCAGUCGAUAAUUAAGAGUGUUACUAGCACGAGUGCUAUUGAAGUAGCACGAUCACUGCUUGGUUGGACCGUGGAGAUCAGACCGAUUCCAUAUGCCGAACUUCCAUUUUUCAAUGAGAUUCUAGCAGUCGGUACGGCCGCUAUGCUCGUCCCAGUCCGUUCCAUCACAAAAAAGUCAAACGGGGAUGUAUUCGAGUAUGGACCGUCGACCAAUGAGCCGGGACCAUGCUGUGUGGAACUUUCAAAGCAGCUCAAAGGAAUUCAACGCGGAGUUAUUCCUGAUAUUUUUCACUGGUUGAAGCCAGUCACGGACCCCAGUAUUGGUGAGAAGUCUAUCAAUGGAACCUGGUUAGCCGAGGAGAAACAAGAUGCCCAUUUAAAAACGAUUGGGGUGCGCGCCGACUCCUCACUAAAUUCAACCAUGAUUAAGACAUAG